AUGAUCAAAUUGACAAGUAUUGGGGUCCUCAUUAUUUCUUGGCGUAUUUAUUUACAUCGAACGAAUUGAUUUCGUCAUUAUUUAGUCGUAUAUGGACUUCUGUAAAUUAAAACGUUUUUUUAUUUAUUGCGUCAGCUAAACUUCACCUCUUCUACCGUGGUUUUCUACGUUACAAUUGUGUUUUCCGCAAUCAAUUUAAUUUUUUUAUCACAUCACAAUAAUCACGAGUAUAGCUGUUAUCUAAUACAAGUGUGUCAAAUCUAUGAUUGGAAAAUGAUACCAGACAGUGUUACGUUGAUUGUGAAGGCACCAAAUCAACAAAUUGAGGAUCAGAACAUCGAAUGUCAAUCGUCAUGGACCGUGGCUCAGUUGAAAGGACAUCUUUCCGAGGUUUAUCCAAGUAAACCGAGAACAGACCAACAAAAGAUUAUAUACUCAGGACAACUUCUAGAGGAUAAAACAGUACUGAAGGAUAUACUUCGAACAUAUGAGAGCCAGAUAGUGCAUACUAUGCACUUAGUGUGCACACCUAAAAGGAAAAUGGCGGAACCACAAAAACCGGAACAAAGCACAGAGGGUUUAAGACACAGGACGGUCCCGGAGAACAGGGAGAACACAGAGAGACCGGCCGAGACGGCUUCCAGGCCAGAGACACGGCAAAACGACCAGAACCACACAGUCGAGAUGCAGAAUUACCUCAGUUCCUUUGUCAACAAUUACGGCAGAGUGCCCCCGUACCCCAAUUAUAACUUCGGUGAAGGAUAUUUACCGGUGCCCAACGAUCCGGCGUUGCUCGCGAAUCACAUGAUGAUGAUGCAACAGGCGUAUUUGCAGUAUAUGCAACAGUAUGCUAACAUGUGGCAGGCGUCGACGGCCGCGCCGGCCGCGCCGCCGACGCCGGCGCCGCCGCCGCCGCCCGCGCCGGCGCCGCGCGGUGCUCCGCCCGACGACGCCGACGACGCGCUGGCGCCGCGCGACUGGCUCGACCACCUGUACUCGGCGUCGCGGAUGGCGAUCCUGUUCUCGCUGAUCUACCUGUACGGCAGCCCCGCGCGGCUGCUGCUCGUGCUGCUGCUGGCCGCCGCCGGAUACCUCCACCAAAUCGGCUUCUUCCGCGACUUUCAAAUCAACCAAGAUCAGAUUCAGGCCAAUCGCCGCAACGAGCCUCCAGCAGCCAACCAAGCGGAGGCAGCCCCGCAGGCAGCCGCCGGCCAGGGAGACGGGGAGCCGGAGGCUGCAGGAGAGGCCCCUCCUCCCCCCCAGCCCCAGCCCCAGCCCACCACCGCCCCUCAGCAGGCCGCCGCAGACAACGGUAACAACCAGUCUCUACUCGCGGUCACGUGGAUGAUAUUCACAUCGUUUUUCGCGUCCCUCAUACCUGAUGCCAACUAAUGUUAGGCGAUUUCAAACCUUAUGUUAAUAUGUUUAAAGUACAGAGUAGAUCGUUUGGCACCACAUGUUCCAUUGGUGGGAAAUGUCGCAGUCAAAACUGUUAAUCGGUCAAAGGUACUUUUGUCUAGAAAAAAAAAUAUUCUAUUAAUAAUGUUCCGUCUUAAUAAAUCUACGUACUUUUAUUUUUAUCUUAAAGUGAAAAAUAUUGUUGACUGUUUUUGUUUGAAAGAGUACUAUUCACCGACUUCAAAAAAGGAGAAGGUUCCCCGUUCAGUAUUUUUUUUGUAUAUUUGUUACCUCAUAACUCCGUCAAUUGUAAACCGACAUACUUUCAGAUUGGUCCCAAUUGAAAUUUUAUCAAAAUGAGUUCAGUGGUUAAGUUUUUUUAAUCUUAAUAACACAAUAUUAAAAUAUUCUUAAUUAAUCAUUCUUCUAGCAGUGAAGCUACUUUUGAGUAUCAUUUCACUAAAAUUAGAAGCUCGCGUCACAGCCGCUCUUGACUGAGGGUCACGAAUUGAUUACGAAACUAGUCGAGCUUUUAGAUCUAAUUACACCUAAAUUAAACCGGUAGUUAUUAUACCGGUAGUACCGGAAACUCCUAACAUACAUACAUACAUACAUAUCUGUCACGCCUGUCUCCCAUUAGGGUAGACAGAAACAAUGGAACGCCAAAUGCUACGAUUCAAACAAACCUCUUUCGCUUCCUCCACAUUCAUCAAUCUUUUCAUACACGCUCGCCGGUUACGGGUACUUUUAAUUUGGCCCUUCUCCUAACAAUAAAAUGAAAAAUACUUUCAACUGUUAUUCGUACAGUCAAAUGUACAUUGUUUUUUUAAUAAAUGACUAAUGUACUUUUGAUUGUUUUUUCUUUUAGACAAACGUACUUUGACCAAUUUAAGAGUGUUGACUGUAACAUAUACACAAAAUUUUUGGUAGUUUUCGUACUACGAGAAAAGUUGAGUCAUCUUUUACAGUGAACAUGAUUUGAAUCUAUGAGCCCAAAAAAAAACAAUCUUUUUUUUUUUUUUUUAUUGGUGUGUGUAAAUAAGUUAAGAUGCUAUUUUCGUUUUCAAAAUGGAAGGUUAUCAAUAUAACAGUUUAGUGAAAUUGUAUUACGGAACUGAUAAAUAUAUUUUCUCAAACAUACUUGGAAAUGUGAGCAUUAUUUUGACAAUCUUCUUCGAGAUAAAUCAAAAUUGCCGUACUGGCCAGAUACAUGCGGGCAGCGGCUGGCAAAAGUUGUAUGGAAACCCAUAUCUGUCGUGUUUUGCGACCAGAUAAAUUACUAUGUAAACUCAUAUCUGUCCUGUAAUUUAAAAAUGGAAUGACCUUUUACUUAGAAAUAUGGCUACCAAGGAAGUAACUAAUAAAAGGUUUUAUUUAAAUUUCGAACUAGCUUGCAAAUAGAAAGCUGUUUAUUGAAAAAAAAAAACAAAGGAACAUUUAUGACGUGUGAAAAGUUAUUAUUCGUUAUUCGUCAUUAAACUUAAAAGUAUAAUUGUGUUUUUGAUUUUCGCGCAUUGUUUGAGAAAAAUACUAUACAAGCCUUAGCCACAACUAGGCAUUGAUGGACUCACGUAUGUGUGCCUCGGCUAUGCUUCGGCCCACAUUUGCUUGCAUCUUGGAAUAUGUUAAAAGUAUGUUAUCCAAAUAUAAAUUUCUUUUAUAACAAACUUUUAAAAUAUUCGUUAUGGGCCCAGUACAUAGAUAUUGUAACUAAAAUAUAUAGAUAUUACUAUAUAUUACCGACCUCUAAGUAACAGUGAUAAAAAAUGUGACCAGUGUAAUAUUUAUGAAAAAUUUAAAUAACUGAUUGUGGAAAUUAAUAAUCUCUACUUGAUUAUGUAAGCAUUAUUUGUCUAUGGUAAGUAAAAACCCCACAGUCGCUAAUUAUUAACACAAAAUACCAAACAAAUUGUGUAUAUAUAUAUUGCAUUAUAUAUAUAUAUAUAUAUUCCAUUCUAAAUUGCAUAAAAAAAUUAAAAUGUAGAGCAAUUAUCCAGAAUAGAGGUUUCUGAUUGAUUACUACACUUAACAAUCAAAUUAAUUCAAAAUAUGAUAUAUGCAAAAAACUGUCUUAGGUACUGUUAGAACUUCAUUGGUAUUGUUGAAUAAAUAUCUAGUUUGAGAGAUAAAAAACUAUCCGGGUUAAUGCCUGUCUCGUCUGUACAAAAUUUGCGGACGUAUUUAAUUUAAAAAUGUAACCGACCCAUUUUGAUUUAUAAUUUUACAAGUACGAACUAAAACGGCCAUUUUACUCGAAUCAUUUGUAUUCUGUUUUUGUACUUGCCAUGUUUAAAAAAGUUUUUUUUUUUUUUAAUGAAAUUGUACACUUAAAAAAUAAUAUUAAAUAUUAUAAAUACUGAAUACUAAAAAUAUUUUUAUUUGUUUUUUAAUAUAAAGAAAUGGCAACAUUGUUUACUAAAUGUGCAAAGUAUAAAAAUAGGUUAUAAUCAAUUUUGUAUUCCAAGGCAAGUCUAUGAGGCAUAACAUUUUAAGUGUCUAAUUUUAACGCAUAUACGCAACGUGCAAAACAGCUACAGUGGUAGGGUUAUACAAAAUGAAUCAUAAUAUGAUUCGAUUAAAGUGUCUAUUUUGACCUCCCAUAAUUUGAUAUGUAUGGAUUCAAUUAAUGAAAUCGUCGUACUGAUGUCAAACCAAAUACUAAUUGUAUAUUAAUUUAGAUUUAGACAAUUGUAAUAUAGUUUUUGUUGUUUAUUUUGUGCUAUUUAAAGUUAUAAACGUGGAAUAAAUUAUAUAAAUAAAUGGAUUUAAGUAUAUUAAAAGAUACAUGUUUGAUAUACAAAUAUAUAACUGCAGAGGUAAUAAAGCAAGCUUCAUACAAAAUUUGUCAUUUCCGAAUACACUAUUCUAAUGCUGGUGCCACACUUGUGUUUGUCGUCUCGAAGCAAAGCCUAAAAAUGCGUAUUACAGCAUUAGCAGUUUAGCUAGUGAAAUGUGUGAUUUUGACUUAGUUGUAAUAAAAUACGCCAAUAUAAAGUCCUGAGAAAAGGGUCGUUUUGUAUGACAAUUUGUGAUAAAUAAUUAGCGCUAAUAAUACGUUAACAUUCUUUAAUAUACCACAAGCAAUAAUAUUUAUGUCUAUUCGAGCUCUGUAGACGAUCAAGCCGCCUGUCGAAGCAUGCAUUUUUUGCCGCUUAUAAGAAAAAGGUAGUCUAAAAUAAUAACAUGCUUAAUUUAAGCUACUUGACCGUUGAAGGACUUCUUUAUAUUUGCGUAUCAUUGCGGGAACGUUCCGAUCGACGCAGGUGUGAUGCUCCAGCAUAAGACAUCUUUUAAUUAUUUUUAUAUUUAAUAUUGUCCUUCAAAUAGUUCUUAUAAAAUUUUUAUAUAAUAUAAUUGUAUAUAGCCAUUUUAAAUCUGUAGUUUAACGUGAUUUUAUUUCGCAUUUUCAUUAAUAUUCGCUCGCCAUCAAGUAAAUCGCUUACAUACGUCGUAGAAUAAAUUGCGCUUUGUGAAUUUUGAAUAGCGUUAGUAGUAUAAUUGGGCUACUUUAGACUCGUCUUUAGCCAGGUUUUUUAUUACUUUUAAUUAUAAAUAUUCACAGAGCGUUUUCAAUAUGGUACGAUUCCGUAGAGUAAGAACUGUGGAUGCUAAGCAUGUAGCAUUAUUCUCUCUGGAUUGGUAUUGAAAUAUACUAAAAAUAUAGAAAUACGCCGAACUGAUGCGAUGAGUAACGUCGGGAUAUAAUUGCUCGGGCCCCUCUGUAUCUUUUAUAUUAUAUAUAAAUUAAAUAAAACUAUAAGAAUAAACAGAAAUACCAAUUUUAAUCUUUUCUAUGUGUGUCUAUGCUAGAUUACAAACCAUAGAUUAAUAAAGUUUUAUAAAGGGAUCAUACACUAUCAUUUACAAUCUGUUACGCCUUGCCCCUGAAUAAUUGUGAGAUGCUUUCUAUCUCGUUUACACUUAGUCUCAACUUCAGACAGAAUUUGCGAUAUUGUCACACUUUUAAUAACUUAAAUUUGUGAACGCACUUAAUUUUAUAAUAUUGAUAGUAACCCUAAAGAAAACAAAGAGUUACUCCAGAGAAAGUAAGGAAUGUGAGAAGACAGUGUUACCUGUUUAGCAUAUACAGUUCUACCACUCAACUGUUGGAAUGUUUAUUCUUAAUAUAGAUAAUAAUAUUUUAUAUAUACAGAAUAUUUUCAAACUGUAAUAAUAAGGUGACUGAUAUUUAUAACAACUGUUUUAAUUACCGACGCUUAGUAUUUUUUUUUUUUAUUACUAAAGAAAUUUAAAACUAAACGUCAUACAAAGAUCAUCUGCAUUUUGUUAUGUUUAAGAUUCGGAUAUUAAAUUAUAGUAGAAUAAGAAACUUUUAAACUGACGACCGUUUGCGAAACGUGUAAAGUAACAUUACAAAUCCUCUGGAUAGAUACGUUUACGCUACCGCAAAUAAUAAUUAGAAUGAAACAGCAUGUCUGACAUCCCGUUCCUAACCACGCAUAAAAUAGUUUCUGGAUAACUAUUUUAAUACUAUUAUAUAAUAUAAUACUAUUAUAAAAUUGGCAACGGUGGUUUUUGGAGUAUACAACAUUCACGAAAUGCCAAAUAUAAAUUACUGUAAAUUAAAAUACUUAACAAUCUCUCUGCAUUAUAUAUUUAUGUAAUAUUCAAUGGGAUAGAUUUUGAGCCACAGAGUUUCAAUUUGAAAUCACAGCAAAAUCUUUUUUCUAAAUUAAACUGAAUUUCUAAUAGAUCGUAAGUCACAAUUAUAAAUUCAGUUUAUAAUGAACCAUAAAAUAGUAAUUUUGUGAAACUAUCAAAUUAAUAUAAUAGUCUAAGAGAAAUGGUGUCUCAGAAUCUAACACAAUGGCCCAAUUCGAGUUCACCAAGCUACUUAUGACACCAAGGUACUUGUGACAUUAAUAUUCAUUGAUUCAGUUCAGUUUGCAUUUCUAAUUUGUUUUACAAGCAGGUACUGUUACCGUAACUUAUUUUGUUCUAUAUUUAACAAAAUAAAAUAUAAACUCUUAACGCCUUUUUGUCGAAUUAGUAAUAUCAAAAUAAGAUAUAUAGUAAUAUGCAAUAAUACUGCUUCUUGUAUGAGGGUGGCGCCCUCUGAUGUUAAAGAUUUCAAGACCGCUUUUAUUAAUAACUGGACUUUGUUUAAGUAAUCAGUUCUUUUGUAUUUCUUUAAUAAACCUCCUAUGAAACCGUAAACAAGCAAAAUGUCGUCAUUAGAACAGUUUCUGAAGCAUGUUAUUUAUUAAUGAUUACAUACUGUGAUAAGUUACUUUGUUCACACUCACAUAAAUAAAACAUGAAAUGUG